GAGGACCAUGGAAUCAGUACGCCACAACAGCCGCCAUAUUAUGAGUGGCCAGUCUACAAGGCAUGCGUGGGACUAAACACUGAAACCGCUACCAUGGAAACGAGUGGUGUUCGUAUGGUGCCUGUUGUUCUUUUCUACUUUUUAGGCAGUGUUAAGAAACACGAAAUGUCUCGACUCGUGAAGAAAUCCCCCUCUGUCUGUACGGAUCUUCCUCUGAACAGCUCAGAUGUUUGUAACAAACUGCGCCUGAUUAAGGAGCUUCUCAAGUCUUGUUACGGUCCUACUGGCAGGCUGAAACAAGUUCAUAACAACAUCGGAGGGGCCGUCGUGACCACCUCCACCUCAUCCGUUCUCCUUCAAGCCAUUUCCUCUUCUCAUCCCAUCAUCAGUCUGAUAAAAGGCUCCAUUCUGAAUCACGUCUCCCGCUUCAGUGACUGUGGUUUGUUCGCUUCUGUUUUCUGUCUGUCUCUCAUUGAAGAAGCAGGGAGGUGUGGCCUCAGGAAAGACGUGAUAAUCAGAGUAUACAAGCACCUUCUGUCUCUCUGCACUGCUCAUCUACAACAAGCGGACUGUGGUUGUAAAGUCAAGCUGGACUUUUGCAGCAGCCAGAGUUUGAUAACUUUAGCUCGCAGUGUCAUCUCCAGCAAACCGACCUGUGUGCUUUCAGAACCAGAAUCAGCCCACAUCAGCAGGCUGGCUGUUCAAGCCUUCCUUCUAACUGUUCCUUGCAACAUCCCAGAUAAAGUUCGGCUUGGCAGAACAGUUACUAUCCCAAUAGAGGGACACUCUGUGCUGGAAUCAGCCGUGUUUCCAGGCCUACUAUUGGACACGCCUGAAAACAUUUCCCUUGGCAAUCUUUGUAGUCCCCUGCGUAUGGUUCUGUUCAGUGCAUCUUUGGCUGGAGAUAUUAGUGAACUUGGAGAUGGUAGGAUCGAGAUGCAUCAGGGCGUGGACACUGACUCACAGAUCCUGGAUCAGCUUUUGGAACUUGGAAAGCAGGUACUUAAAGAUGAGGUGAAGUUAUUUGUGUGUCAGAAGGUCAUCCACCCAGUGCUGCAGCACUACUUGACAUGCAAUGGUGUAAUAGUCAUAGAGAGACUUGGAAUCAGCCUCAUGGAGCCACUUAUUCAGCUGACAGGUGCUCAACCUGUGGCCACGCUGCACACCACAAUCCCAGGCGCAGCCUAUGGGGAGGUCCAUAAUGUCAUUGUCAGGCAGUUUGGAUCCAAGACAAAGAUGCAUUUACACCCUGCUGGAAAAACAACCACCUGUACCAUGAUCCUCUGCCACAGGAAUGAAACGAUGCUAAAUGAACUGAAGCUGGUGUGCCAGAAGACAGAGCAUGUGUUGAGGCUCACUCUGAGGGAGCCGUGUGCUUUACUGGGAGGUGGCUGCACUGAAACACACUUAGCUGCUUAUGUCAGACACCAGAGCAAGAAUGAUGUGUCGGAGUCCUCACCUGUUUUGGGCUGCUCACAGACAGAGUACCUUCUUGCUGCUGAGGCAUUCUGCCGCUCUCUGGAGUCGGUGGCCACAUCUCUACAGCACGACGAUGGGGCUUCUUUCAUCGACCUGACUCACGCACACCACUGGACUCUCCCUUCAGAUGUUACAGAGGAACACCUGGAGGACGCUACGGCACUCUGUGGCUGUGGAGUGGUACAAAGCUGCCAAAAUAAAAAGUGGAGCUACCUGCCCACUGAAUAUGCAGAGUUCUCCCCGGCACCCUUAACAGCGGCGGCGCUGCAGCCGACCGCACUCGACUCUUUCACAGCUAAAGUUAAUGCGUUAGAAGUUGCGGUGGAAACUGCUAAUCUUGUACUGGAUGUGAGAUAUGUCAUUCAGGAUGUGAACUAA